AUGCACCAGUACCACGAGGAGGAGGAUGUGACCAUGAGGCUCUGCUCCAGACGACCUAGCUGCGACCUUGGAGCUGCCCUCACGGUGGAUGUCCUCCAAUCCCCCGCUCUUCCUCUUCGGCCACACGUCACCAUGGCAGCACCUCUUGGCCCUCUGUCUGAUCCAGGGGCAGAAAUCAGCCUCCUGGAAAUCAACCAGGAGCUUCAAUCCCAGCUGGAAAAAAGCCAGCAGGACUUCCGAGACCUCAAGGAGAAAUUCCUGAUAUCCGAAGCUAUUGCCUACUCCCUGGCCAACCAGCUGCGGAAAUACAAGUGUGAAGAGUCCACCGACAUCAUCGAAUCCGUGCUGGGGGGGGAAGAUCAGGCUAAAGAGCUGACCCGUUUGUAUCAGAAGUUAUGGGAAGGGAAAGACGUUUCCCAACUACUCAAUAAGCACCUCGAGGACCUCCUAACCCAUGGUGACCCUGAGCAUCCCCAAGGGCCGGGCUUCCAAGAGCAACCGGCUGAGGGGCGCAGGCUGCCCAAGUGCCUUGUCCGAAAGCUCAGCGCAGACCAAGAAGAAUUCACCAGCCUUAGGAUUCCCCGUGGCACGGAGCCCCAGGAAGUUGAAAAGAAGGAAUUCCUACAGGACACAGUGGAUGAGUGUGUUUUGACUGCUUCAACUCUGCAAGAAGGUUGUGAGAGCGACCCGUCCUACAGUGAUGGCGAAUUCCCAUUAGAUGAACGGGAAUUCGGCUCUGCUCUGGAUUUAGCCUGUGAAUGCUCCCACACCCAAGGGGAUGAAACUCCGUGUGGUCCCCCAGGACAUCAUGGAUUUGGAAACACAGACAUCAGCACGGAGCCCCAGGAAGUUGAAAAGAAGGAAUUCCUACAGGACACAGUGGAUGAAUGUCUUUUGACUCCUUCAACUCUGCAAGAAGGGUGUGACAGCGACCAGUCUUGCCAUGAUGGCAAAUUCCUAUUUGAUGAACAGGAAUUCGGGUCUGUUCUGGAUAUGGCCUGUGAAUGCUCCGAUUCCAAAGGGGCUAUAACUCCACGUGGUCCCCCAGAAAACCGAAUUGAUCAGGAGGGGCUGAAAGGGCAAGAGUCAGCUGCCCCCAGGCUCAGCAGACAGCUGGUAGAGGUGGUAGAGCAGGACAUCUCAAGGGACUCUCAGGAUGAACACUACUUGACAUAUUCCGUUCUUCCCGACCUGUCUGACUCCUACUGGCCUUACAGGAGCGCCGCCAUCUUCCUACCUGAGGAACUGGAAGUCUGUUCCUCUCUGGAAGGGACCAGUGAGUACUCCAUUGUCCAGGCGAUCAAGCUCCACCUGGACACCCACAAAGAUCUCCUGUUCUUUGUACCCCAGACCUCUGCUGUGCCGAGAGAGGUCAUCCCGAAAAUCAAUUCCAUCAGGAGGAGGAAGAAGACCAGGACCAGAUAUGCCCCAGAAAAUCAUAAUGAUCUUUCGGUGGAAGACCAAGACCGGAUAUGCCCCAGUGCAGCUACACUCUGGCCCCAGAGAGAGGCAGAAUGGUUCAUCUCCCUUGAUGGGGACUUCCCAUUGGUUUCCUGUGACCAGUCCCUCCUCCCUGCCAACAAAACCAGCUGGGACUCCAUGUUGACUCAACCUUCUCGUUGCAUCUCCUGUCCUCCCUGUAACACCAGGUUCCCCAGGGAGCUGCCAGUGGCAGAAGAGAAUGAAGUCCCACAGGACUCACUGGAUGAAUGUUAUUUGACUUCUUCAGUUGGCCAUGACCUGCCAGACACCUGGAGGCCGUAUACAAGCGCCUCAUCCAUAAUUGAUAAGCCGGAAACCUUCCUGGGUCUGGAUGGAGCUGCUCCGAUGCAGGCUCCCUGUCACCAAGGGCCAUCAAGUGGAAACUGGACUUUCCAAAGAGCAGAGGUGCAAACUUCAGGAGCACAGACACAGCCAAGCACCCAGGUGGCCAAUAUUCUGACACCGCAGCUGGACCAGCAGUUGGAUUGUGGUGACAACAGAGCCAGGCUCGGCCUCUCCUGCACCCUCGGGAGCCUGGAUGCCUAGAUGGGUUCUGGGAACCAAUGGCCCCUCUUCCAAGAGCUGGGUUUGGAAGCUUCCAUCUGCAUGAAGAACCCUCCCAAGCUGGAUGGUGAUGCUGCAGAGGGCUCAAGGGACAGCCAGCGUGGGUGUCACGUCUUGGGCCCCAUGAAAGCCCUCGGUGCCAUGAAACAGAAGAUUAUCAAGAGGAAACUGCAGUUCGAUGUACAGUUAAGUCGAUUCAACAGUGAUCAGCUGUUCGAAAGUCGAAAUUUCCCCAGUCAUCUCUCGUUGGAUGGAGUUCACCUUCAAAGGACUGCUAGUGAUGGAUUCAGGACUCCCUGA